GCGGCAGCAGGGCCAACAGUGGGCCACAGUUCAUCCGAGAAAUGACGUGCCUCAAGGGGAGCGCAUGACGUUUUGGAAAUUAAAUAUGUAACACAGGACUUAGCGGAACAAAUAUAGCCUGCCGAAAUGUUCUUCUUUCCUUUAAAGCUAUUCAGGUGACUAUCUUUCAAACUGGGAGCGACUUGGUAAACGCUUACGGAAAACUUGCUAACUUCACCCGCGGACAAUUCCGGUAUGUGAGUCUGAGUUGUUUGUUCUAACUGUUGCAGUGGGAUUUUCACAUAAUGAGUAGUUUUUAUUUUAUUUUUUAAACUGCCUGUUAUAGUUUUUCCACUUAUACAAAACAACGACGGUUGUCUAUGGCGCAGUAAUAGUUAUUCACAGACGUAGAGUCGGCUAAACUGAUCCUAGAUCUGAGCUCAUGAAUCUUGUUACAGUAGCCCACUGCCAGUGACUGUUAUUCUUGGGGGAAGGGUGCAAUUGCGGCCCGCAAUUCGGGGCGUUCCUGCAUCUGCAGGACUCUCUCUUUAUACACUAUAUAUACAAAAGUAUGUGGACACCCCUUUGCAUGGCUGUGUGCUCAAUUUUAUACACCUGUCAGCAACAGGCAUAGACAAACAUUGGCAGUAGAAUGGCCUUACUGAAGAGCUCAGUGACUUCCAAAGUGGCACAUCAUAGGAUGCCACCUUUCCAACAAGUAAGUUGGUCAAAUUUCUACCCUGCUAGAGCUGCCCCGGUCAACUGUGAGUGCUGUUAUCGUGAAGUGAAAACAUCUAGGAGCAACAACGGCUCAGCCGCGAAGUGGAAGGCCACACAAGCUCACAGAACGGGACCGCCGAGUGCUGAAGCGCGUAAAAAUCGUCUGUCCUCGGUGGCAACACUCACUACAGACUUCCAAACUGCCUCUGGAAGCAGCAACGUCAGCAGAAUAACUGUUCCUCGGGAGCUUCAUGAAGUGGGUUUCCAUGGCCGAGCAGCCGCACACAAGCCUAAGAUCAUCAUGCGCAAUGCAAAGCGUCGGCUAGAGUGGUGUAAAGCUCGCCGCCGUCGGAGAUCUGGAGCAGUGGAAACGCAUUCUCUGAAGUGAUGAAUCACACUUCACCAUCUGGCAGUCCGACGGACGAAUCUGGGUUAGGCGGAUGCCAGGAGAACACUACCUGCCCGAAUGCAUAGUGCCAACUGGGUAUUAUUAUUAUUAUUAUUUAUUAUAAAGUUUGGUGGAGGAAUAGUGGUCUGGGGCUGUUUCAUGGUUUGGGCUAGGCCCCUUAGUUCCAGUGAAGGGAAGUCUUAACACUACAGCAUAAAAUGACAUUCUAGACAUUGCCAGACCUCACUAAUGCUUGUGGAUGUGAAUGGAAGCAAGUCCCUGCAGCAAUGUUCCAACAUCUACUGGAAAGCCUUCCCAGAAGAGUGGAGGCUGUUAUAGCAGCAAAGGGGGACCAACUCCAUAUUAAUGCCCAUGAUUUUGGAAUGAGAUGUCCGACGAGCAGGUGUCCACAUACUUUUGGUAAUGUAGUGUACUUCUAAUGGUCAAUUUUUAAGAAGGACUCCGGGACAGAGGCGGGGUGCUCCAGUACAGUAAGUGGUGGUAACGCACCAUAACGUUGUAUGCCAACCGUUGAUAAACCCCACAGAAGAAGAGGCGGGGGCGAUAACGCCGGUAGCUAGCUAGCUAGGCGAACGGUAGACAGUGUCAGUGUCCUUCGCCUGUCGGUGACUGUUUUCCCAGAGUGCUGUUAACGACGGCGAGGGCAGGCGUUAGCGAAGCCUAAGGACACUGGGUACUAGCUAGUUAGCUAGAUAGGUAUGACUCCGGUACACGUCAGGCGGGAUUGGUAGCUAGCUAGCUAACGAUAGCUAGGACUCUGGUACACAGCAGGCGGGGGGCGACACCGGUAGCUAGUGAUGAUACUUUAUAAUCCCGGAGCUCCGAGCCAUGCGUCAAAAUCGCUAAGCAGCUAACUUCGAAGCAGUGUGCCGAAGCAUGUAUCACUUUAUCAGAAGUACGUCAUCAUCAAUGACGUCCGAAGCUUCGUUUGAUCAUGUGCUUUUUCAAACCGUGUGUUGCAAAAUGCGAGAUCCCACUGAUUAGUCGUUGUUGCGGCGCUUUCUUCUAUUCUAAGCCGCAUUCAAACACUGACCUCUACAGGACACCGUACUUACAAAUAUAGUUAGGAUUUUGUACAAAAAGUUUCACCUGACUGGUAGUUUAGCAGGUAGAGUAUGGAACAUUCAGGGCCGUGAGGGUCUGGGGUCGAAACCCGUUGAAGGAACACUAUUAAGAAAAAGAUAUAUGUGAAAACACACUUUCUGCACAGUUCAAAUAAUUUGUUUUAUUUAGUAUAAUAUACGUUUCUGUCUUAAGCAUCCUAAAUAAUGCCAUAGAUUCCGUUUUUGAAAAUAGUAAUUUUGAAGGCAAAAAAGGGAAGCAUGAUGUGAACGUGGUAUUCCAACUGAUUAUAGGCUACUAAACCAACGAUUUACUGCUGCACCACGGAGAUUUGCUGAAAACAGUGGAGAAAAAAACGUUUCUGAUAAUCAUACCGCUAUUUAUUGCUGAACAGCAGAUGUUACUAAUGUGCAUUGUGAACAGAUAAUGAAGCUCCCAGUAAUGAACCCUUUUUCUGCACAAUUUGGUGAAAGUGGCGAAGCCUUCAGAAAGCUUUGAUUUCCCAUCACCACUGGUAGCUAGCUGGUUAGGAUACCGGCACAGAUGGAACCAGGGUUGCCAGGUAUAGCUAAAAUGUAUAGUCCAAUGACCUCUGAAAACCCGCCCACAUGGCCUGAAAACUAGCCCUCCCAAGAAAUUUCAGCAUGAGAGGAGUUGCCACAUUUAUCCAAUAAACCCUUUUCCCAUAAAGUUACCAUGGCUUUCAACCAAUCAGCAUUCAGGGCUCAAACCACCCAGUUUAUAAUUGUAAAUAAAUCCUGUUUGCGCAUGUGCAUAACUAUAGAUAAAUCCGACAGAAGAGUUUGAGUGAUGAAUAUUGGACAGAGGAUCUCAAUCUCUGUGCAUUAAACACUUGGACGAACUUCAAAAAAUGAAUGUUGGGCAAUUUUCUGGCAAAUGUGCAGUUACUAGGUGCCAGAUGUUAAGACUACAAACCGUUAUAAAUGGCCAAUUUGCGAGAUUGACUUGUUAUUUCAAGAACUGAGCAUGAGUAAAACCCUUCGCUUGAUACGGUUUUCCAUAAGAAAGUCGACAUUAGAAUGCAGUUUACUUUAAACCACCUCUGAGCGAAUUUAUCUGAAGAGCUCUAUUGCGCCUAAAGUCGUUUUCCAAUGCUUUGUCGCCGUUAUAUCAGUUCUAGCGCGUUAAUGUUUUAUGGAAAAAGGGUGCCUCCAUAAUGACCAAUCUAAAUAGCCUACCUACAACUAUGAUUAAUUUCCCCCAUUGGAAACGACAGGCUCUGGUCUAUUUUGGGUUACUUAUCACAAUAUUUGAUACCGGCAGACAGUGUCCUUCGCCCCAGAAAAAUUCUGAUAAUACUUUUAUUUCCCUUUUGACCCACAUUUUAAUCGCAUAGACAAUCAGGGGAAAUCCAGAAUAUCAAGUGUCACACAAGCAUGAAGAUGGCGUGCUCGAGGGGGGCCGUUUAUGCAGGAACCAAUGGAAUGCUCGCAUGGGAGGCGUUCCUGCAGAUGCAGAAAUGCCUAUAUGGAUGAACGCCCCGAAUUGCGGGCCCCAAUUACACACUAUUAGAGAAUUAUUGGGAACAGUCUAAAUAAGAGCGGGACAGGGAGGGAUACUUCAAAGUAGUACCACUGCCCCCGCUCGCUUCCCGUAACCAUACUUCAUUUUUAGUUACUGAUCAACAGUAACUUUAUUUUCGUUUAUAUAAUUUUGAGCUCUUCCAUUGCAAUGAAUAACACAAUGCUGUUUGUUUAUAAUCAUUGUUCUAAUCUAAAUAGUUUGCUGAAUCAUGGCUCUCUCACAGUUAUCACAGGGUGGUUAGGGUAUCCCCUGCCCCAGUAUCUGUACGUUAGAGAUGCCUCUGAACUCAGAUUCAAACUCCCAUUAGACAGCUCUGCAAGCGAGUUUACCAAAUAGGGAGUUUCGCUGGGCAGCAAUCUUCAUUUACUCCCGUUACGGCCUGUAUGUACUUCCAAAAAAGGUCUAAAUAAAAAUACAAGCAAGCGAAAAAAAUAUUUUUCAGCACCUCCAAUGUAUUGAGCUGUUGUAGACUUUCUGUGCGUGGCAGUAUGAGUGCCGAAUAUGCAUAUUUUUUUGUUUGCUUGUACAUUUUUAUUUAGACCUUUUUUGGAAGUACAUACCGGCCGUAAUGGGAGUAAAUUAACGUAGUUGCUGAGCGACACUCCAUAUUUGGUGAGUAACGAACGUAUUUUGACAUAAUGCUUGCAGAGCUGUCUAAUGGGAGUUUGAAUCUGAGCUUCCUGGGCGUUAGAGAGGAGACCCAUCAUACUCAUUGUCGACAUCUCUAAUGCACAGAUACUGGGGUAGGUAUCCCCUAGGGAUACCAGGAUGGACUUUGACCUCCUUUAAAACCCCUUUUUAGAUUAUAUUAUGUACUCCUAAGACCUUUACCAUCCUAACCUAGUAGGAUACCUACUAGGAUCCUAACUACCUAGCCGACUAGAUGAAAAAUCUGUCCAUGUGCCCUUGAGCAAGGCACUUAACCCUAAUUGCUCCUGUAAAUCGCUCUGGAUGAGAACUUCUGCUAAAUGACUGAAGUGUCAAAUGUAACAUUUGUUAUUUGUCAUCCUGUGUCUCUGUCUCUAGUGCCCUGUUUCAGACAAGAUCAACACUUGUCCAGACAAGAUCAACACUUCUUGAACCCCUCUCCUAGUGAGAUAAACAGACCUAGUGAUGUCCCAACCUGACAGGAAUAUCUAUUCUCCAUUGGAGGGGGGCGUCCAGCCCCCAAAUGUAGUCUUUGGGCAGCCAAGCCCCCCAGGAUAUGAGAUGACCUUACCCAACACACAGGGGAUGCCUAACUCAUUUGGGGGGCCAGGGCCUGCUCCAGGGGGGAUGCCCUUCCCCUCGCCUGGGGCAUUUGGUCAGCCUAUGUACUUCCAGGGUCAGGGGAACCCAGGAUAUGGCACAGCACCUUACGCUCCCAUGCCUGGGGCCUACGGUCAGGGCUUUGACAACCCAAAUCAUGGUGAGUACUUCAGUAUCAUUCAGAAGUAAUGUGGUGAUGGGAAUCAAGUUUCAAGUUUUAAAGGAAUAGUUCACUCAAACUAUCUUUUAGUAUUUUACUCAUUUGUCCACAAAAUUAUGCGUGACAGCAGUGCCAUUUUCAAGGUGGAGCACUUUCAGUACGGAGCAAAAACUAUGUGAUUUAUCAUUCAUUAAAAGAUAGAAAGGGGCAUUUUGAAGUAUGUGUGGUCUGAUGUGCAUUGAGUCUAUCUGUCUUUUCUCCCAGACCCAAACACUGAUUACAACAGCGAUGAUCAACCCCUUGCCUAUUGUGACAACAGUGCCUUCUCUCUUGGCUCUGGGCUGGACGACAAGACCAUACGGCGAGCCUUUAUCCGGAAAGUAAGGGACCACAGGGAUGCCAAGAGGCUCCAAAUCAGGACCUCAAGCAAACUUGAACUAAAGAUAAAAGAUAAACUUAAGAUAAAAUGGUUGUACAUGCAUCUGUAUAGCCAUCAUAACAAUCAAACAAAAUGGCCUAAAACCAUUUUUAAAGAACAAUCCCUGAAGUCUAUUAUAGAACUGUAUGGAUCCUAUAUCUAAUAGUCUGUCUCCUUGUCCACAUACAGGUCUUCAUGGUGUUGACCGUCCAGCUGAUGGUAACAUUCUCCUUUGUGGCUCUCUUCACCUUUGUGGGGGGAAUCAAAGUGUUCGUCCAGGCCAACCCAUGGACGUACUGGGUGUCCUAUGGCAUCUUCUUCGUCUCUCUCAUCACCAUCAGCUGCUGCGGAGAGUUUCGCCGCAAACAUCCAUGGAACCUGAUUGCACUAGUAAGUUAAUAAGACCUGUCUCGUUUAAAUGGCUGUCAUUCCUAUAACAUAAUGAUAUACUUUAUGGGCCAGUUUUCCAAACUCGGAUUAAGCCUAUACCUGGAAUAAAAAGCACGCUCAAUGAUCAAUAGUAUUCGUAGCUAUACUUUAUGGGCCGGUUCUGUAUAUUUAUCAAAUUGAAGAAAAAUAAAAUCAUGUCUUAUUCACUAUAAGCCUGUGUUGAUAUGUGCACUUCCACAUAAACAGUUGUAUAAGUAUUGUUGAAGUUCUAAAAGAGGUUGUAUCACUCUCCUUGCCUCUCGUGUUUCCAGUCCAUCCUGACCCUGGCUAUGUCCUACAUGGUGGGGAUGAUAGCUAGUUUCUACGACACUGACUCAGUCAUCAUGGCCGUGGGCAUCACUGCUGUUGUCUGCUUCACCGUGGUCAUCUUCUCUCUCCAGGUCUGUAUCCAUCUGGACAUCCCUCCCUCCUUCUGUCUGUCUCUGUCUCGCUCUGUUUCUCUAUCUCUGUCUGUCUGUCUGUCUCGCUCUGUCUGUCUGUCUGUCUGUCUGUCUGUCUCGCUCUGUUUCUCUAUCUCUGUCUGUCUGUCUGUCUCGCUCUGUCUCGCUCUGUCUCGCUCUGUCUGUCUGUCUGUCUCGCUCUGUCUCUCUAUGUCUGUCUGUCUGUCUGUCUCUCUCUCUCUCUCUCUGUCAUAGGGUUAUCAGGGUUGGGGUGUAUUCCAUCUAUAUUCCAGUCAAUGCCGCAAUUAAAGGUAGACUCAGCGAAAUGACGUUGCCACAAGUGAGAUGCAAGACUUUGCUCCCACACAGUCACACACCGUAUCUGUGCAUUGGCAUGGGUUCACGUCAUAUCGCUGAGUCUACCUUUAAACAGCAUUGCUAUGGAAUCAAAUUGAACUGGAAUUGACCCUGCCAUCAUAUAUACUGGCUCUACCCUAUUCAAUGAAGCUAGUGAUGAUACUGACCCUACUCUGUUCAGUGAUGAUACUGACCCUACCCUGUUCAGUGAUGAUACUGACCCUACCCUGUUCAGUGACGAUACUGACCCUACCCUGUUCAGUGAUGAUACUGACCCUACCCUGUUCAGUGAUGAUACUGACCCUACCCUGUUCAGUGAUGAUACUGACCCUACCCUGUUCAGUGACGAUACUGACCCUACCCUGUUCAGUAAUGGUACUGACCCUACCCUGUUCAGUGAUGAUACUGACCCUACCCUGUUCAGUAAUGAUACUGACCCUACCCUGUUCAGUGAUGAUACUGACCCUACCCUGUUCAGUGACGAUACUGACCCUACCCUGUUCAGUAAUGGUACUGACCCUACCCUGUUCAGUAAUGGUACUGACCCUACUCUGUUCAGUAAUGGUACUGACCCUACCCUGUUCAGUAAUGGUACUGACCCUACCCUGUUCAGUAAUGGUACUGACCCUACUCUGUUCAGUAAUGGUACUGACCCUACCCUGUUCAGUGAUGAUACUGACCCUACCCUGUUCAGUGAUGAUACUGACCCUACCCUGUUCAGUAAUGGUACUGACCCUACCCUGUUCAGUGAUGAUACUGACCCUACCCUGUUCAGUGAUGAUACUGACCCUACCCUGUUCAGUGAUGAUACUGACCCUACCCUGUUCAGUGAUGAUACUGACCCUACCCUGUUCAGUAAUGGUACUGACCCUACCCUGUUCAGUGAUGGUACUGACCCUACUCUGUUCAGUAAUGGUACUGACCCUACUCUGUUCAGUAAUGGUACUGACCCUACUCUGUUCAGUGAUGAUACUGACCCUACUCUGUUCAGUAAUGGUACUGACCCUACUCUGCUAGGUGAGGCUAGUGAUAUUAUUAUUGAUUGAUAGGAAAUGAGUCACCUCAUUGGCUAAUAACUAAUAUGUCCCUUUGACCUUUGGCCUUCAUCCUGACCCGACCUCUGACCCCAUACAGACAAAGUAUGACUUCACUUCCUGUCACGGUGUGCUGUUGGUCUGUCUGAUUGUCCUGGUUCUCUUCGGCUUCCUCUGCAUCUUCAUCCGCAACAAGAUCCUGGAACUGGUCUACGCCUCGUUGGGCGCUCUACUCUUCACAUGCGUAAGUCCUUGCCACAAAUGCCAACCUAUUUCCUUUAUAGUGCACUACUUUUGACCAUAGUACUGCACUGUUUAGGGAAUGGUGACAUUAGGGACGCAUACUAAAAUCUCUUUGGCAAUGAUCUUGAUUAUCACAGGUGGUGUCUCUUUUCCUGUAGAAACUAUACUGGUGGUAGUAGUAGUACAACUAUUUAAGUAUUCAUGCAAGUGUUUUGAUGGAUGGGUCCUGGUCAAAGUAGUGCACUAUAUAGGGAACAGGAUGCCAUUUGGGACACAGUCUUAGUCAUUAUUUUGCAUGUGUUGAUCUGUCAGACCAAAUCAAGACCAUAUCUUACUAGACAUAUUUACAUUUACAUUUCAGUCAUUUAGCAGACGCUCUUAUCCAGAGCGACUUACAGUUAGUGCAUACAUUUUCAUACUAUCUUGCUAAAUAGAAUGAGUAGAAUGCUAAUUGUAAUUGUGAUAAUAGAAUGAUCAUUGUUUUGAAUGUGAUUGAUUCCAGUUCUUGGCUGUGGACACUCAGCUGCUGCUAGGCAACAAGGAGAAGGCCCUGAGUCCAGAGGACUAUGUUUUUGCUGCUCUCACCCUGUACACUGACAUCAUCAACAUCUUCCUCUACAUCCUGUCUAUCGUUGGAAGAUCACGGAACUGAGCGCUUCCUCUAAAGGAACCAUUGAAGGAUGAAGGAGUCUUUUACAGGACUUACUUAUCUGUUCCCAUAUCUAGGACAACACCUGCUACACAUUGUUUUAUGCGCCAAUGUCUAAUUUGAACUCUGCUGUCGCCUGUCGUUCUAAAUGUGGUUCCCUGUGCUUUAGAGCCGUGGUUCCCAAACUGACUGAGAUUGGGAAACCCUGAUUUAGCAGAUGCAACCUAUUUUGCUAUUGUGUUACUAUUUUUCUUUGCUAAUUUUCUUAUUUUUUAACUCUGCAUUGUUGGGAA